GACAAAAAUUGAAAGAAAAGUGAACAAUAAAUAUAUAAAUAAAUAAAUAAAUACUAAAAUUAGAAAGAAAAAAAAAAAAAAAUCCGGUUCAAGUAUCCAACAUUGCUGGGCUCGGGUUUGCUAGAGGCUGAAUCGUCCGUCUCCGCAUCUACAUUCCUAGCUAUACUCUCUUCUAUCUGAGGCAACCUUUCUCUGCGUCGAGCCUCCCAAACUCGACCAGAACCAUUCCGGCGCCGCCGUCAUUAGCCAAACACCAACAAAAUAUCCACUGCGAUUCAAUGAGCAUUUGAAAGCUGAUUUUGUCCCAAAUCCGCAUGACUAGUCUCUCUACUCAAUGACCCUCUGCGUGAGAGCUUCAAAAGCCUUAGCUGCCACUGCCAUUUCAACUGCUACUACAAUAAAACCUUUCUCUCUCAAGGUACGACUUCUCUUUCCCAUCUCUUCUUCUUUCUUCCACAACUGCUCUUCAGCUUCCACCGUAGCCACAACCUCAGAGAUCCAUUACAGAGACCUUAUAUUCGAUACCAUUGAAGAAAAGCCUUGGGCUUUUUGCAACAGUAACUGGGUUUCCCAUCAAUUUCAAGAAGUUAUUCUUGACCCUGACUUGUUUAUACGAGUCCUUGGUUCGAUUGGGAAAAAACCCAGAAUCGCUUUGCGUUUCUUUCGGUGGGUCGAGGGCCAACCGGACUUUAACCGGUCCGAGUUUGCUUUCUGUGCGAUUCUUGAAAUUCUGGUUAAGAACAAUUUGAUGCGGCCUGCGUACUGGGUCAUGGAGAGGGCGGUCUGCGUAAAUAUGCAUGGGAUUGUGGAUGUUUUGCUUGAUGGGUAUGUCUGUGCUGAGGUUUCUGUCAAGCUUCUUGAACUUUUGCUGUGGAUAUAUUCGAAAAAAUCAAUGAUCGAGCAGUGUUUAACGGUUUUCGAUAAAAUGGUUAGAAACGAGUUGCUUCCAGAUGUUAAUAACUGCAAUAGGAUCCUCAAGAUACUUAGAGAUGGAGAUCUUUCAAGUGAAGCUAAAAAAGUUUAUACAAGGAUGGGUGAGUUAGGAAUUAAGCCGACAAUUGUUUCGUAUAAUACGAUGUUAGGUUCAUUUUGCAAGGAAGGCGAAGUGGAACAGGCGCAAGAUCUUUUCUGGGAGAUGCAAAAGACAGGGUGUUUACCUAAUGAUGUUACUUAUAAUGUGUUGAUUAAUGGCUUGUCAAAGAAAGGGGAACUCCAACAGGCAAAGGGACUGAUUGGUAAAAUGUUAAAAUCAGGAUUGAAAGUUUCUUCAUACACAUAUAACCCUUUAAUUUAUUGGUAUUGCGAUAGAGGUUUGCUAGGUGAGGCAUUAUGCAUUGGUGGAGAGAUGAUAAAAAGAGGAGCUUUGCCUACAGUUUCUACUUACAACACAAUUGUAUAUGGUUUUUGCAAGUUUGGAAAAAUGGAUGAUGCUAGAGAAUGGUUUGAUGAUAUGUUAAAGAAGAAUUUGAUGCCAGAUAUAGUUACAUACAACACUCUUUUAAAUGGAUACUGCAGGUUGGGAAGACUAAAUGAGGCUUUUCUGUUGUUUGAUGAGUUGAGAUGUAGGAAUCUCAUAUCUACUGUUGUGACCUAUAAUACUCUUAUAGAUGGUACGUGCAGAUUGGGGGACUUGGAGGCUGCUCGGGAACUCAAGGAGAAAAUGAUCAAUCAAGGGCUUCAUCCUGAUGUCUUUACGUAUACAAUUAUGGUAAAUGGAUAUUGCAGGUUUGGAGAUUUAUCAAUGGCUAAGGAGUUAUUUGAUGAGAUGUUGCUUGAAGGGAUAAAGCCGGACCGCUAUUCAUACAAUGCUCGAAUAGUGGGUGAGUUAAAGCUUGGUGACAGAUCCACAGCAUAUAGUUUGAAGGAAGAAAUGGUAGCGAGGGGUUUCCCUCCUGAUUUGAUCACUUACAAUAUUUUUGUGAGUGGGCUUUCUAAAUUGGGCAGUUUGGGAGAAGCAUGUGACUUAUUGCUGAAAAUGGAAUAUGCUGGUAUUUUGCCUGAUCACAUAACAUAUACUAGCAUCAUUAAUGCUCACUUGGAAAGUAGAAACCUCUUGAAAGCCAGAGAGUUAUUCAAGGAAAUGCUAAGGAAAGGAUUGUCCCCUUCAGUUGUAACUUAUACCGUUUUGAUCCAUGCACAUGCGGGUAUGGGGAGACUAAAGCUGGCAUUUAUGUAUUUCUUUGAGAUGCAAAAGAAGGGUGUUUCUCCAAAUGUGGUCACCUACAAUGCUCUGAUAAAUGGUCUUUGCAAAGCAAGGAGAAUAAAUGAGGCUUACAGAUUUGCUAGCAGGAUGGAAGAGAAAAGGAUAUUUCCAAAUAAGUAUACAUACACCAUUUUAAUAAAUGAGAAUUGCAACAUGGGCAAUUGGCUGGAGGCUAUGAGUUUGUAUAGGGAAAUGGCUGAUAAAAAAAUUCAGCCUGAUUUUUGUACCUAUAGUGCUCUUUUAAAACAACUAGGCAAAGACUACAAGCAACAUGCAGUUAAAUACCUUGAAAGUCUUAUCCUAGCCGUUGAAGAAACUGUUGAUUCAAAAACUUGAUAGGGCUGUUGAUUGAAUAUUGUGUUCCUCAGAUAAAUUGCAACAGAGAGGCAUUCAGGCAUUCGCCAAGUCCUGCAAGCUGCUUUGUCCACCACUCGAUUGCUCUAAAUGCAGCCACUAAUGGGUGUGGUGGGCAACCUGAAUAGUUUAGUCCAACAGUAUUCAUCUCAUUUUUGGUUACUGCUCUGCGCGUGGGUGCACUUGAAUCCAUUGGUUGGGUCGUUACUUAUUCAUAAGAGAAGUCACAUUUUGCGGCAAAGAUUCAACAACCGGUAUAAGAUAAAUUUGACCUCUGUAUCAUGUUCCAAGUAGUCUUCUUACUAUUAUAUUUGUUCAUUCUUUCACCAUUUUUGGAGGAAAUAAGAGGGACGAAGAGAAAGAGGGCGUUUGCCCAUUUGCCCCAUUCAUAUAUUGUAUUGAAAGGUAACAUUUUUUUUCCCUCCCUUUUUCUAUGCAAUUGUAUAGAUUGCUGAGCUAAGAAGUUUUGACAUUUUGUGCUUUAUUAACACACAAAAAAAAAUAAAAAAAAAUAAAUAAAUAAAAUAAAGAAGAAGAAAUGAUAUGUGAUCCUUGACAUCAUUUGGUCUUGGCUUCCUAUGAAACACCCUUUACUUUGGUUUUACUUUAUGGUACAUGUAGAUUCAUUGACCUUGUCAUUUUCGUAGUCGUUAUUUUGGGUUUUAUUUUUUGACCUUGUUUCUCUCAUCCUCUGGACUGUUGGACUUUUGGUAGAUAAAAACAAGAGGACUGCUAAGUGCUAAGCUCUCUCUCUCUCUCUUUCUCUCUCUCUGUGUAUUUCUUUUGACAGUUAUUCAUAUAAUAGUUUCAUGAUCUGAGGUGUGAGCAUGAGCUUACUUGAUGAAGCUUUGAAGCUAAAUUUAGAUUGUUCUCACAGCCUAGUGUAAUUUUGCACUUAACGAUGCUUGUCAAAUGCUCAAGUUACGGUUAUAUUACCCCUUACUGAUGAAGUUCCACCCCGCCGCGCGGCUUUAUUGCACAACUGUUAUGAAACAGAGCUUUGAACUAAAGAAAGUUGCUUUUGAGAAUAGAUGACCAAGAAGAGGUAAGAGAAUAAGUGUGUGAGGAAGGGAGAGAGAUGGGAAGUGUUUACUAUAGUUUAAUGGUAAUCAUAUGUUUAGUUUGUUUUUAUAA